AUGUUGUUGUUGCCGAUGUCAUGCCUUGCUCAGGCCAUGGCACAGGCCUUUUGGCUGUGUUCGCACCCCGAUGGGUCCGCUCGGGACCCACAGCGCGCCACCUCCGCGUAUUUGAGGCUCUCGGCCCCCGCAUGGCUGCAGACGGAGCUGGACGCUGCUAGGGGGCCAGGGACGGCCGCCAGAUUGCUGGCUGUGCUCGGCGGUGGCGCUGCGCACAGGGCGGGCGCCGGCCGCCGCGCGAAGGGCUUCGACGCCGUCGCCAAGCUCCACGCCCUCGUGCUGGUGGAGGCGCUGGAGCGCGUGCCGCUGAGCCGCGAGGUCGACAUCCUGCAACAGUACUACGACUGGCCGUCGGACGGCUACCUGGUGAGAAUCAAGGCCGCGCGGCAGCUCGAGGACCCAGA